CCUGUGGUUAUGCACGACCGCACCCCCUGGGUGCUACUGUCGGCCAUGUUUGUAGCGUGGAAGAGACAAGAAAUAGAGAAACAGAAUUAGACUUGUAUCAUCUAUAGCAUUACACGAUGGAACCAUUGGUCAUUGAUGAAAAGCCAAGACUCAAUCCAGAUGGCAGUAUAUUAUGUACAUUUUCAAUAGCUGACAUGAUAAACUCAUGCACCUCACUACCAGAAGAAUCAUUUGGGUGCUAUCAACCCAAGGGUGAGGAACAACCCCACAGUGGACAAGACUCAAACCUUUCUGAAGCACAUGCAAACAAUGUUUACCAUGUAACCACAGUAGAUAGCUGUUCCCCAUCUAUACAAGGCGUUGUGUGGAGAAAGAGGCGAUUGUUGAGAUGCCCAACUUGUGGGAUUGUGUGUUCAGACAAAAAGCAAUUAGCUAAGCACUCAAAAACUCACCUAAAGACUUUCACAUGCAAAAAGUGCCAUCAAAUCUUUAACAAUAGGUCUAAGCUAAUUAAACACCAGAUGUUGGCUCACUCUAUGCAGAUUGGUAGAAAACGACAUAGAAAAGAGACCUCUAGUUCUACUCAUAGCAUAACCUACAUGUGCAAUACAUGUGAGAAAGUUUUCAAAAGCUCACAUCAGCUAGAAAGGCAUAAGAGUACACAUGCUAGGGUCUACAAGUGUCCGCAUUGUAAGAAAGUGUUUUCAGAUAAGGAAAAGCGAAAAUACCAUUAUAUAUCGGCACAUAAGAAAGAAUACAGAUGUGGUAAAUGUGAUUUGGUAUUUACAGAAAAUCAGGAUCUGAAGAAACACCGUCAGAUUCACAGUGAACAGACUAAGAAAACAUUUAGAUGCAGUAAAUGUAGUGAUCAAAUCCAAGGGAAGAAGGAAUAUCUGGAACAUCGGAAAUCUCAUCCAAUUGAGAGGAAAAUCCACAAGUGUGAAGUGUGUAGUAGGGUAUUUAACAAGUGUUCAAACCUCAAGGCUCAUGCACUGUCUCAUAGCCAUGAAAGACCCUAUGCAUGUGACAAGUGUGAUAAAACGUUUCAACGGACAAGCCAGCUGGUUAUACACAACAGAAUUCACAAUAGUGAAACCCCAUAUUCUUGUGAUAAAUGCGAAAAGUCAUUUCGUGGGAGGACAAACCUAAGGCUUCACCUUCUAGUUCACUCCUUAGAGAAACCUUAUCAGUGUGAAAUAUGUUCCAAGAGCUUUACCCGCAAAGACUGUCUAAAUAGACAUCUAAUAACCCACGUUGAUCCCAGUGUGAGAAAAAAACAUGUGUGCUUAGAGUGUGUCAAAGUACUGCCGAGUAAGUCAGGAUUCGACAAGCCUCUUGUAGUUUACUUCACAGAGAAACCCUAUCAGUGUGAAAGCUGCUCUAUGAGCUUCCCCCGCAGCAGUUGUCUGAAUAAACACCGGUUAACCCACAUGGAUACUAGUGAGAGGGAAGCCUAUGUGUGCCAAACCUGUGACAAAACAUUUUCAAGCAAAUCGAACUUGGAUCAGCAUUUGAAACUACAUACUGGUGAGAGACCAUACCAGUGCACACAAUGUGAAAAAGGGUUCAACGCCAAAUCGCAUCUUGCAGACCACCUCAGGACGCAUUCGCAAGACCGGCCUUUUGCUUGUAAUGAAUGCGAAAAGAAAUUUAAGCACCCUGUAUCUCUCAACAAGCAUGUGCGGGGCGUGCAUUCGCUUGAGAGGCCCUAUAAAUGUGACCAGUGCGACAAAAAGUUUGUCCGCAAGGAUUACCUGAGUACGCACCGGCUAAAACACUCCAAAGCCAAGACGCACUAUUGCGCUAUCUGUGACAAGUACUAUGGACAGAAGUCCAACCUAAACACACACAACAAGAAAUUCCAUUCAGAGGGCAGGUAAUGGUACUAGGGAGAACAUAUCUUGCUAGCAACACGAGUUUUCCGCGGAUAUUGCUGGCGCUGUUAUAGCAUGGGGCACAAGGAUUGAUCGAGACAGUUAGCUGUGUAGGAGAGAAUACAUAAGAGACAGCCUAGUCCCUGGCAUCCUCGGAAGAAACCCAGGGGUAUUUCCCUCUAACGUUUCACUCGCGAGAGAAACGUCACAGGGAAAUGCCCCUGGGUUUCCGAGGAUGAGUCUUUGGUGCUCUUACCGGCUUUCCUGUGCUCAUAGUGCUCCCCAUUACGUCACAUAUUUUACCCACCAAAGGAAACCCGAUGAGAACGCUAUGGACAAGCCAGGCCGCAUAAGAUAGUGGGAUGCUAGAAAAAAAAUCAUGUCCACUUAAGUGACCACUGUAGCGACUAAUUCUUUGCGGCUUGAGUAGAAAUGUAUCAUGGAAAUUUGCAGGAGGACAUCUCUGUGUGUCCUUUCGCAAAUGAAGUUCAGACCCCUAACCUUCAAUGAAUGACGAAAAUGUUUUUUUUACGUUCUGAUAAACCCAUAAUUAUAAAAUUGACCGAGAAUGGUUUAUUCCGUUCACUUUAGUUUUUUUUCGUCUUUUAUAGUCCUUUUUUGCCUUGGUUGGUUCUCACUAGGAUUCAAGUAGUUUUCAAAUUCUUACUGGAACACGAGGGCAAGCGCAAGAGAACGCAGCUAUGCUUGAUAUUCUUGCGCUUACGUUUGACCGAUUGUCACUUGUGUUACGUUUGUGCUUGCUCAUGCGCUGUUGUGGAACUAGCUUUAAAAUAGACGAGCCAAUAAAUCCUGUGUUGUGAGGA